AUGGAUUCUAAUUCUUCUAACUAUCUCCUAAACCAUGCUACUCUUCCUUCUAUUUAUUAUCAAGGCAAUAGAGAGGAUGGUAACUUCAUUGAUUUGGGGCUUAGCCUUAGAGUUUUGCAGCCUGAGGCCUAUUAUCCAUCUGUUCAUGGUGGCUAUGAUGAGCUGAUAGAUUGGCAACAUCUGCAUCCACAACUAAGGGAUAAUUCAAGAACAGAUCAAUAUCCAACUAAUUUUUUGGAAAGUUAUGAUGAAGAAGCUGAAGGAAUUCAGAGCAAAGAGAGUUGGGCUUAUGUGAAAGUUAACAUGGAUAGAGUGAUUGUUGGCAGAAAAAUUUGCAUUCUUGAACAUUCAGACUAUUCUAGCCUUGCAAUUCAACUAGAAGACAUGUUUGGAAAGCAAUCCAUAUCAGGGCUAAGGCUAUUUCAAGAUGGUUCAGAAUUUUCCCUAUUUUACAAGGGCAGGGAUGACCAGUGGAGGACUGUAGGAGAUGUUCCAUGGAACCAGUUUACGGAUCGCGUGAAGAGGCUAAGAAUUGUGAGGAAAGAUGAAGUGUUUAUCUCAAGUUCAUCUACAUUACUAAGUUCUAUUUGAUACUCAAAUCUCAGAAUUUAGAAGAAGAAGAAAUUAAGAGUCCUCUGAUUUCUGCUACAACU